AUGAAGUGCUUCGGAGAGAAGGCAAAAACCUUCCACUGCAAGGUGCUUCUUCUCGAUGACACCGAACUUAUCCAAGAACUCAAGAAUGUCUCCCGUGGUCAGGAUCUGCUCGACGCGGUCUACAAGCAUCUUAACCUCCUGGAAACGGCUUACUUCGGUUUGCGAUUCGUCGAUUCUUCCGGCCAAACGCAUUGGAUGGACGCCACCAAAAAAAUCUACAAGCAGAUGAAAGGAGUUGAAAACUAUACGUUCUAUUUCGGUGUCAAGUAUUACGCUGCGGACCCUUGCAAACUAUUGGAAGAAAUCACGCGGUAUCAGUUCUUUCUCCAAGUAAAGCGCGACAUACUGCAUGGACGACUUCCCCUAAGCUACGACCUGGCUGCUCAGCUUUUCGCUUACGCCGUUCAAUCUGAACUCGGCGACUACGACCCGAGAAGACAUCAGCCAGGAUACAUAUCCGAAUUUCGAUUCAUUCCCGACCAAACGGACGCACUCGAAGAGAAGGCGGCUCAGUUGCACAAGACUCUCAUAAGCCAAGUGCCUGCCCAGGCAGAACUGAAUUUCCUCGACCGAGUCAAAUGGCUCGAUAUGUACGGAGUGGAUCUGCAUCCCGUGCUGGGCGAAGACCACAUCGAAUACUACAUUGGUCUCACCCCGGCGGGAAUCAUAGUUCUCAAGAAUAAAACCAAAGUCGGAAACUAUUUUUGGCCCCGGAUCGGCAAAGUUUAUUACAAAGGAUGCUUCUUCAUGCUUCAAGUCAAAGAUAAAGGCAGCGAGGACAACACGUACGGAUUCGAACUCCCCAACAAAGCUGCUUGCAAGCAUUUGUGGAAGUGCUGUGUGGAUCAUCACUCGUUUUUCAGACUCGCUCAAUCGAACCCCGAUGCAUCGGCUGCCACCAACAAAUUAUUCGGGUUAGGGUCGAAGCUGCGGAAUUCCUUGCGAGGAAGUUCCCGCAGCGGCAAGGUAUCCGCCGGCUCCAUUGUCGGACCGCAGUCGAACAAACAGGACCAAGGCAGACCCCAGCCCGCGUUCACUCGGGUGCCCAGCCGUCGCUAUCAGCGGCAACGGUUAGACAAUCCGGAUGGAGUCGACGCCCCAUCGAACUUCGAGUUGGAGUCGAGGCGGAACAGCGUAGUCACAACCACUCAAUCCACACCACACAGCAUGUACAGAAGCGUGUCAGUGCCAUCAGUUGGGGGCCGUGCCUGGGAUGAUCCCCGUCCCCGGGGCUUGUUUUCGUCGUCAACGAAUCCGUCACCAAGAUCCGUGCGUAGUAUGGCGAUGUCUGCUCGCAGUUGUCGGGACUCAAGUGUAGAUAGCGUGGAUUGCUCCCGACACCGCAAGAGGCAUCGCAGUCGACACGAAAGGGAAAUAUCCGGACGCUCGGACGCAGAAAGCGAAGUGUCAAGGACUUCAAGAAAUAGUCGAGCAUCGCGUGUGGGCAGUACCUGCCGACACAGCGCUUGAAUUUCCAGUUACCACUCACGCAGCGAGGUCUCCGGCAGCGAAAGCGAAAGCGCUUGGCGUCACUCGGGACAUCGUCAAAACCACCGAAGACACCAUCACAGAUCGAACGUCGAGCUAAUCGACAGUCAACCUCAAUGGCUCGAAGUUCAGCAGCAGAUGCGACAACAAAACACUUCUCUUAUAUCACCCCAGAGCGCCAUCGUUCGCAGCCUGAACAAUUCAGCGGCGAGACGACAGAGCGGUUACGUACAAUCCGGUGUCGAGACGGAGAGCGAAGCCGUUUUCAGCGCUAACUCUUCCCGGAAACGCCACAGAAAGCACCGAUCGAAGAGUCCCGGUCGCCGAGACAAUUUGAUCCCGCAGGAAGUCCGUAAGCUCAUCGAGUACACUCCAAUCGAACCCGAAUGGCCGUCAGGACAAGAUGAGCUACGCGACAUCAAAUACACGAACGUGGAGACCGAUUCUCGCCUCUUCAAGAUUAGAUACAACGAGAAUUCUCAGCGGCGUGCCAAAGUGGCUGUCGUUAAGAACCAAAACCCAGAAACCGGUUCGACUCACUCGAGACGAUCGAACCACUCUCAAAGUAGAUUGGCACAUUCUACACCUCCUCCCCCUUACCAACUUCAACAACAUCAUCAUCAUCAUCAGCAGCAACAUCUAUCUCUGAAUCUACGUUCUUAUGCUUUUUCAACAUUUCUGAUCGCUCACGUGGAGUGCUCUCUCUCCCUAGGAUUCUCGGAAACGCCGUCGAAAACGAAAAGCGAAGAUAACCUCCGAGAGAGUCGUACGCCAACGGGUUCCGACAUGAACGGGUGGAAGCCUUCGAGGCCUCAUACGCUGCUGUUUAACCAUCAAUCGACCGAGAACCAUCUGCAAUCAUAUCAUCAAUACAACCAGAACUUCUCUGGCUUCCCGUCGAAUCUCCUCACGGCUUCGAGUUCCUACCACUCGUUCAACUCUCCGAGCUUUUCUGACAGAACCCCGCAGCAGACAGUGAUCCACCGAGAAGUUGUGGGGGACCUGAUCGGUCCUCCCGUGGGGCCACCCUCGCAUCUUUCGUCUCCCCAGAUGACCCCGGUGUCGUCAGGCUACCAGUCGGCGACCACCACUUCUCCAGUCGUGCCUGCCAGGAUGCCAAAACACAACUCGGGAGGCUCGAGCACGUCAGGUUCAUCUGGAGGGAUGCGAGUGACAUUUCAAAAUCCCCCCGUGAGCCAGCCGUCACCACUUGCCAAGUUACCUUCAUCGGGCUCCCUGCCCAGGAAUCACAGUCCGAUACCGGUGGCGCCUCCGAGCUUGCCGUCACCUCAAAGCAAUCAGUUGGUACUGAAGACUUUCCAACCUUUGAAGAAAUCUACAUGCUGA